AUGCUAACCAGGGACAUAAUCUUUGGAAUUAUUUUCCUCUACCAGAGUGUCUUUGGAUUCCUAGGAAACGCAACUGUGUUUGUGGUGUAUAUGAACAGUUUCAUAACUCAGCCCCAGCAGAAGAAGCCCAAAGACCUGAUCCUUACCCACCUAACCGUGGCCAACACGGUGACCCUUCUUACCCGUGGGGUCCCAGAGACCAUGGUGGCUUUUGGGAUGAGGAAUAUUUUCAAUGAUGUUGGGUGUCAGAGUGUCAUGUACAUUAACAGAGUAUCUCGUGGCCUUUCCAUCUGCACCACCUGUCUUUUGAGUGUCUUCCAAGCUGUCACCAUCAGUCCCAGUACCUCUCAGUUGGCUAGGUUCAAACCCAGGGCACCCAAAUACAUCCUCCCUUCCUUCCUCUUCUUCUGGAUCCUCAACAUAUUGAUCUACAUCAAAGUGAUUAUCUCCAUUCAAGCAAUCAGAAAUGUCACCAUCGUGGGGCAGGGAUAUGUUUUGAAAUACUGUUCCACUCUUCCGGAUCUAGAUUUUAUCCACUCGAUUACCUUUAUAAGUGCCAUGACUAUCCGAGAUCUCUUCUUCAUAUUCCUCAUGAGCUGGUCAAGUGGCUACAUGGUGAACGUGCUCUAUCGGCACCACAAACAAGUCCAGCAUAUCCACAGCACCUGUGUCACCCCCAGGUCCUCUGCAGAGACCAGAGCCAACCAGACCAUCGUGGUCCUGGUCAGUUGCUUUGUUUGCUUUUACUGGAUCAACAGCUUUAUAACAGUCUAUCUGACCAAUGUAGUUGAUAAAGAUCUUCACCUCGAGAGCACAACGGCUUUUCUCUCGGCCUGUUACCCCUCCCUCUGUCCCCUGGUCCUGGUCAGCAGUGAUCCCCGGAGAGAUGGAAGCCUUCUGGAAUUCACGUCCUGUGCCAGUUUACUUUUUGAAAUGAUCCUGGAGAUUUUCCCCGGGACUAGAACUUUUUCAUUAAAUGAAGCAACUAUACCGUUAGAAUGGCUUGACCAGACAAAGUGUUUGUUGCAAUGGGAAGAAAAGAUUGUUCAUUCUCUGGAUAGGUCUCAGACUCCCGUUACAGACAGUGUCACAGCCAUAACAUUUGACACAGCUAUCACAGGCCCGGGGGAGAGGAACUCACGGCAUCCUGUCCUUAUAACAGCUGCUUCCCAUGCGUAUCCCCUGAAACCCCAGACACAAGCUUUCCAUCGCAUGACUGGGUGUAAACAUAGGCAACCCCAGGCAGCAAUUGCAGAUAGAUCCUCAAUGUGCUGCAGGGAGUCUGAGGAAGUAAUUAGGGAAUUCUGGGAUCAACAAGAAGUCUUUCCAGUCACCCAUCAUUCCUCUGUAUUCUACAUCUAUUUCUCUAACUUUGUUUUUUUCUGUCUCUGGCACAUUGGAUCUCUGCUGCUGCUGCUGCCAGCGAUUACUGGCCAAUCUCCUCCCACCGGGGCCACAAAUUUGAAGGACAAAGAGAACGGACUGGGAAAGUGGGUGGCGGUGGAGGUGGAGGCGCGCCAGUUUAAGUCAUCGUGCCCUGAUUUCAUCUAUCGCACCCACGUCUAA